AUGACAACUUCAAAGAACCCACUAGUGUUGGAGAUUAAUCGUUUGCAAAACCAACUCAAAGAGAAAGUUAAAGAACUAGAAACUAGUCAGGGUGAAAUCAAAGCCUUAAGGGCAACUGAAGCUCUGAAGGAUAAGGCCAUAGUAGAGUUGAGAAAUGAAGUCAGUAAACUAGACGAGAGACAUGGAGUUACAGAGGAUCAUCUAAAACAAAAGAAUCUAGAAAUCAAGAAACUGAUAGAUGAAAAGAAAGGUGCAUUGGCUGCACAAUAUGCUGCAGAAGCAACACUUAGAAGGGUACAUGCAAAUCAAAAGGAAGAAGAUUUUGUUCCAAUUGAGAGUGCCAUUGCUCCUCUUGAAGCUGAGAUCAAAAUGUAUAAGAAUGAGAUUGCAGCACUUCAAGAAGAUAAGAAAGCUUUGGAACGGCUCACAAAGUCAAAAGAGACUGCAUUGCUAGAAGCAGAGAGGAUUUUGAGAAGUGCACUAGAGAGGGCUCUAGUAGUUGAGGAGGUUCAAAAUCUGAACUGUGACUUGAAGAGACAGAUUGAGAUCUGCCAGGAGGAAAAUAAAAUCUUAGAGAAAAACCAUCGGCAAAAGAUUUUGGAAGUUGAAAAGCUUAGCCAAACCAUUCAAGAACUUGAGGAAAUCAUCUUAGCUAGCGGAGCUACUGCUAAUGCGAUUCGUGAUUAUCAGCGACAAAUUUCUGAAUUGCAAGAGGAGAAAAGGACAUUAGAGAGGGAGCUAGCAAGAGUAAAAGUCUCAGCCAACAGAAUUGCAAAUGUUGUGGCUAAUGAAUGGAAGGACGAAAAUGAUAAGGUCAUGCCUGUUAGGCAAUGGCUGGAAGAAAGAAGGAUUAUGCAGGCAGAGAUUCAACGCUUGAAAGAGAAGCUAGCUACAUCAGAGAGAACAGCUAAGGCAGAGUCACAAUUGAAGUAUAAACUGAAGCUGAGGCUAAAAACAGUGGAGGAAGGCUUAAAGCAUUUUUCAAGUUAUCCAAUCAUUUCAAAUAUGUCUUCUGGAUCUCCAAAAGUAGAAAAGUCUAACAUCUUAGGUUUCCUAACAACAAAUGGUGGACUGAGAAAGAGAUCCGCAUCACAACCAAGGGCAUCCACUAACGGAAUAUGGGCAUCAAGAAGUAAAGUUGCUGAUAAUGGUGAAAAGGAAAAUGAGAUGCAGGUAAACACAGACGUUACUUUCAACAGGUGCAAUGGUGAAAGAGAAGCAGCAGAGAUUAAAACUACUGUUAGUGUGGAUGAAGACUCUGAAAGCAAGAAAGCGGAUGAUUCAGGCAGUGACGAUGUGGUCUCAGGUUUUCUAUAUGAUAGGCUGCAAAAAGAGGUCAUCAAUUUGAGGAGGUCUUGUGAAGUUAAAGACAGUAGUUUACAUGCUAAAGAUGAAAAGAUUAAGAUGCUCAUAAAGAAAGUUGAUGCACUGACAAAGGCCGUGGAAGUAGAGUGGAAGAAAAUGAAAAGAGCAGCAGCUUAUAGAGAGAAGGAGGGUUCAUCAACAAAAUCAGAUGAUAACAGAAAAAACAACAGAAGCACAAACUCCUCCAAAAGGGGAUGAAAGAAGGUCGACCAUUCUUUAUGUGGAGAUGGUUAAAGACAAGUUAUUUGUCAAUGACAU